AUGCUUUCCAGUAUCCGCAUAGCAGACGUCCUGCUGCUCCUCCUGAUAUCUCAAACCACGCAGGCCGGUCCAGUAAGACGUGCCGAGAGACUAUUCGGGAGGGGCUGGAAUUCCACUGCCAGCGCAGUCACAAGCCUUCACUCCACGUCGAGCACCGCUCCAGAUCCGACGGAUCUUUCCACCUCUGCCAAACCAGUCACGGCUCAGAAAGAAGAUGGGUCCACUCCGAGUCCCAUCUUCACCACUCUGGACGACCAGCCCAGAAGCUCGCCGGCUGCCACACAGCCCGUCGGUCAAGGCCCUCCGACAACGGUGGCUCAGUCUAUAACAGAAUCGCCAUCAACGACCGGCACAGAGCCAGUUUUCUUGCCUCCUCCUCUGAGCACGAUAUCGAUAUCUUCAACGACCUCAGGGGCCGGGCAGGAUGGUUCAAUAACCUCAGGGGCGGCUACUUUACCUCCCACGUUCAGCUCCAUUAGUCUGCCGCCGUUUCCGACGACGAAUGCCCGAAACACGACGGCCGUUCCAGCGGAUGGGGAGCGAGGCGCUUCGCCAGGUCAGACAAUGCAGUCAUCUCUGUCCUUUGCCUUUCCUGUUCCGGGUCAAACCACCGCCGCGUCUACCGCUCCUGCAGAGCAGCCUGCAGCGUCAUCUACCUCUGCUCCCGAGUUGUCCACGACGGCUUCCAGCCCCGAGGCAUCGACAACCUCUGCCGCAAUAACCUCCACUCUGACAGCCCAGCCCUCUGCAGCCACCCUCAAGGUCACCGGCACCCCCCUUGUCGGUGUCCCUACAAUCGAGACCUCCAUCCCAGCUGCCACGGCCACCGUCUCCCCCGAAGUCGCCGCCAGCAAUCUCGCCAACGCGAAGACCUUCAACUCCAUCUUCGCCACCCUCACCGAACAAUCCGCCUGCAGUGCCGGACAGGUCGCCUGCGUGAAGGGCAACAAGGCGAAGUGCGGUUCUGAUGGCGCGUUUGAGAUUGAGACUUGCGAGGCCGGCACGUCGUGCUUCGCGCUCCCCAUGAACACGACGGAGGGAGUCAUCAUCAAGUGCUAUGACCCUGCCCUCGCGAGGAACAUUCUCGGAGACUCCGUUACGGCGCCGGCUCCCGGCUCCUCUACCAGCGCACCGGCACAAGCCCCGCCGGCGUCGGGCGUCGUGUCCGAAAUAAGAACCACAGUGACGCCCACCUCCGUCGUGGUAUCGACCGUCUCCGUGAAAGUGCCCGAAGCCACGAGCCCGGCGGCCCCGAUCGCCACGGCCACAUCGACCGUCCUCGUGGAAGCGCCCGAACCUACGUCCACACCCGGCGUCACGACCACAGUCUUCAUCACGAGAACGAUCGACCGCGAGUCCUCGACAGCCACGGAAAAGGAGCCGACCACGACGACGGGAGGAGACGAGACGACGCUGAUCACCUCCACCCGCCGCCGCACCCGCAGCUCGACUUCAGCCCCCGAGUCCACCGCCCCCGCCGCGACCGAGACCACCACCAUCACCGACACCCUGACCUUCGCGCCCAUCCCCUCCACCGUUCCCACGUUCCUCGUCGGGGCCAAGGCGACCGACGCCCCGGCACCGGGCGUCGUCACGGUCAGGGUUACCGUCACGGAGAAGGAGAUCGUGACGGUGACCACGACCGCGAAAAACAUCGAGACUCUCAUUCUGACGGUUACCAAGAUCCAGUGA